AUGGUUUUUUCAUCAUCCGAGUGUAUCAUCUGGUUUACCGUAUUCGCCGCCGAGUUUGUUGCUAUAGUAACGGUGAAUCUCCUUACCAUCAUUCUUUUUAUAAAGAACAGAAGCCUUCGCACUCGCAGCAUGUACUUGGUUAUAAGCUUAACCGUGGCGGACAUGUUGGUUGGAGUCCUAUCCGCUGGUUGCAUUCAAUUUGUUUUCCUACUGCAAUGUGGCCUUAUAAAAUUGAAAUUACCUGUGGAAGUUUUAAUUUCAUUAUCGAUUUCUUAUUAUGUUUUUCCUUUUGUCUCUCUAACAAACAUUACUGUGAUUUCUUUAGAGCGAUCUGACGCCAUUUUUCGUCCAUUUAGGCAUCGGCUCAUCAAGAGAUGGGUCUACGUAGUAGCAAUUACUGUUGUCUGGGUUUUUCCUGUAAUUGUUUGAGUCAUUAAUUGGUUCAUAGAGAUACUUUAUUUAAUUGCAUAUCACCUUUACAUAAUGGAAUCCUACUGUCUUUUGUGUUUAAUUGUUACCUUUGUUUCUUACACGUCCAUUCUGUUCAAGUUUCGUUUCGGAACUCAUCCUCAGCGCCAUUUUGCAGCUGCUUUAAGACAAAGAAAACUAACUGUCACAUUGUUUAUAACAACUUUAGUAUCUUUACUGGUGUGGUUACCAUACAAUAUAUAUCUUUUUGUUUUCUGGUCAAUUGAUAUUUUUAAUUCCCUUUCUCUUCCAGAACAUGUUCGUUUGCUUUUAUCAUUGCGUUUUUUGUAUUAUGCAAACUCCCUUGUAAAUCCCAUUUUAUACACAAUCAGGAUGCCUGAAUUUAAAAAAGCUCUGCUCUCAUUGUUCAGACGUCAUCAGAGAGAAAAUGUUGCUAUCCCGCUAAAUCGUUACUAA